AUGGUCAGCGGCGCCAGCGACAUCGUUUUCGGGGCGUGUUACUCCCCGGUCACGGUGCCGGAGGCCCCGCAGGUCAUGGUCGUGCACCCGAGCGUUCCAAACUACUGCGGCUGCGUCAUCGUCGCGUCGGAGCCCGAAGCCGCCGCCCGACCUCUCACGGACUGGCGCAGGACGUGUCGCGGCCGCCUGGGCGAGGGGUGCGCGUGCGCCUCGCGACAGGCGGACGUGGCAUUGAGCGCUUCUGUCGCCCCUGCCGCGCCGGCGCACGCGCUGCCGCGCCCGCACGCGCACGCGGUAUCGGUCAAGAACGUCCUCGUCGACGCGGAGGCGCCCAGGGCGCUGGCCGAGACCACUCUGAGGGUGCACUGCGCCAGUGGCGCUGGAUGCAUCGUUGUGGAGCGCGUGGUGAGAAGGUCUGGGCGGCUCAGCGGCAAGGCGCGAGAGUUCGGCCCCCUCCAGGCGGCGACUGCAGCCGCGGCUGCGCCGGCGGCGGCGGGGCGCACGAAGCUGAGCAGCAUGGCCCGCGCCUGGCAGCCGGGCCAGGCCGACGCCGCACCAAGUCCAUCUUCGUCGGCGCCGGUCGCCGAUGCCGAGUCGCCCCGACAGGGGAUGCCCGAGCUGUCCGCCCCCAACGGUUCAGGCACGCCGAAGUUCGGCUCCGCGCUGCUGCGAGGCGUGGCGGACGCCCUGCGGAUGAGCAUAUUCGUCGCCAGCGUAACCGUCUCCGCUGGCGCCGCGGGCGGCUGGUGCAUGCAGAUGGAC